AUGGCGAUUGCAAGAGAACAAGUAUAUUUCACGGCUUUCCUCCUCCUAUUGUCUCUCUCAGAAUUAGCAUCCUCAAAGUCUGCCACAGAGGACCCAAUUCCCGCAGAGUGGCCUCACCAGUUCCACGCGUUGAUGUUCAUGAACCGGACCGGAAAUCUCCAGAAACUGGACUUGUGGUACGACUGGUCCAACGGUCGCAACUUCAACAUCAUUCAGAAUCAGCUCGAUCACGUUGUAACCUAUGACCUCGAGUGGAACAACGGCACCUCCUUCAUCUACACGCUCGAUCCCUCCCACCCCACGUGCCAAGUCAUACACGUAGAAGUGGGUAUCCUCCGACCCAAUUGGCUCGACGGUGCAACCUAUUUGGGUCAGCAGCGAGUGGAUAAUUUCCUCUGCAAUGUGUGGGAGAAGGUCGAUUUCAUUUGGUACUACGAGGAUGUUCUCACUCGCAGGCCUGUCAAGUGGAUCUUCUACUCAGGAUACACUGCUCACGUAAUGACAUUUGAGGUUGGUGCAGUGCUUGAGGAUCCAAAUUGGCAGGCUCCUGUGUAUUGUUUUAGUGAGAAUGAAAAGGAAAAUAAUAGCCCCAUUUUAAGACCCGCUGUUCCUGGUGGUGUUCUUGGGAGUUUGAUGAGAGGAAUAUCCGCUCGUGAAACUAUGUAA